AUGCAUGCGGUUGAAAAUGUCGUUACCACGCUGUUCUUUGGAAAUGGAAAUGAAAGAAGUUUGCGAUUCCAGAUCUGCGUGUGCGUGUUAAGGCGGCUUAGAAAGUUCUCCAAAUCGACAGCCAAAGCCAGGUUCCCACCCAUUUCUCUCUCCCCAAUGGAAGGCGACGCCGGAAUCCUCAACGCCUUCGAGCUCCAUUAUUCCGAUCUGGUUCUCCUAUCGUCGUCUUCGUCAUCACCAUCAACGUCCGUUGCUUCUCAGGAAAGGCUCGAUUCCAUCUCCAGAACGGUCGUGGAAACCCUAGGACCCGGAGGGCACGGACUGCUGGCGGUAAUUGGGGUACCGAACGCCGGUGAGAACUCGCGGAAGCUCCUCUCCUUCGCCCGAAAGCUCGCGCUUGUCGAAGAUGAUAAACGACGUCGUAUCCUCAAGGAUCAUGGAUUGGGGACAGAUGUUCCUUUGAAGAGCCCCGAUAGAAAUGUCUCGGCUUUCGCGAUGCAACUCAAGUAUUCGAGUUUAAAGUUGAAUUCAGAAGGUCUAAACAAGGAAGCGGCUAAGUUCCGCACAGAUCAUCCUGUUGCUGUUCAAACAUCUGAUUCGGUUGAGGAUGAAUUUGACAUGCUAGGCGAUGCUUUUAAGCAGCUAGGGUUUUGCAUGAUGCAGCUAGGACUUCUUCUAGCAAAGGUGUGUGAUAAGGCAUUUGGUGGUAACGAGCUUGAAUGUAGCAUUUUGGAAUCUUGUGCAGCUAAAGGCCGUCUCAUUCAUUACCAUUCUAGCUGGGAUAGGCUGAUACUGAAGGAGAAAAUCAGAAGAUAUGGUGGGGGAAAUGGCGAUACUGCAGUUCGGACUGCGCUGAAGGGCGAAAGUACUCGAGUUAUUGAAAGUGGUGCUACAUCUUGCGAGACACCUGUGCCCAGUUUGUGGCAACAAUGGCAUUACGAUUAUGGCAUCUUCACAGUGCUAACAACACCGAUUUUCUCGUUGCAAAAUGAGAAGCUGGUGAAGGAAAGGAAUGAAGUCAAGUUAGACGGACAUACAUCUGAGUGUUAUCUUUUGGAUGGACAUACGUGUUUGCAAAUCCUUGAUCCUGUAAGCAGGAAAAUUCUUUUCGUAAGAGCUCCUCCAGAGAGUUUUAUUAUUCAGGUUGGAGAAGCAGCUGAAAUAUUAUCUAAUGGGAAGCUCUGCUCGACUAUUCACUCUGUUUCUAGACCCGUGGAAAGGACAAACUCAAGUAGAGAAACUUUUGUUGUCUUCCUUCAACCGGCUUGGAACAAGACGCUUUCCGUCUCAGGAUUGCCUGUUGCAACUUGCACCCGAGAAAUUGAUUCAGAUCAUGGUAUCGACAAAGUUGAUGAUGAAGUUAAUUCUUUAGCUUAUGAGAUCCAAAUAAUGGUUCCACCACUUUCAGCUCGCCUGAAAGAAGGAAUGACAUUUGCAGACUUUUCGCGUGUAACAACUAAACAAUAUUAUGGUGGCAAUGGAUUACAAUCGAAUGUCAAGUCUUAAA